AUGCCGUUCGAAAAAGAGCUUUUUGUAGCCACUCAGGCAUUGAGAAAGACGUCUUUAUUGACCAAACGCAUCCAAGCUCAGGUCAUCGCCAGUAAGGACAGCACAAUCACGAAAGAGGACACCUCGCCCGUAACAGUGGGUGAUUACGCAGCUCAGGCUAUUAUCAUCAAUGCAAUCAAAGCAAACUUUCCUAACGACAAGAUUGUAGGAGAAGAAGAGUCCAAAGGAUUGACCAGCGAAUUCGUCACUAAAAUCUUGAGAGAAAUCCAGGCCACCGAUGUGCAAUACAAAAACAAAUUUGGUGCUUCAGGCUCCCCACUAAGUCAAUUUCAGUUCACAAGCUCGCAAUUUCCAUUGGACUCACUCGAUGACGUUCGCAAGGUGAUAGAUUUAGGUGACUUUGAAGGAGGUUCAAAAUCCAGGUUCUGGUGCCUGGACCCCAUUGACGGCACAAAGGGAUUUUUGCGUGGUGAACAGUACGCGGUGUGUCUUGCUCUGAUCGUGGAUGGCGUUGUACAGCUUGGAUGUAUUGGAUGCCCUAAUUUACAGCUUUCUCAAUGGGGUGGAAAGGACGCAAACGCUGGUCUAGCACAGGAAUUGGGAUACAUUUUCCGUGCCGUUAGAGGCCAAGGUGCAUUCUUUUCGCCUACCUUGGCAGAAUUUGACUGGGCUCCCGUGCAUUGCCGCACGCUGGCCUCCACCAACCCUAUGGUCUCUUUAGAGGGUGUUGAGAAGGGUCACUCUGCUCACUCAGAGCAAUCGCAGGUCAAGGAGGCACUUGGUAUCUCUCAAUCGCUGCAUUUAGACUCUCAGGUAAAAUACUGUUUGUUAGCUUUGGGACUCGGUGACGUUUACCUCAGAUUGCCCUUGAAGUUGUCUUACCAGGAAAAAAUCUGGGACCAUGCAGCAGGCAACGUGCUGGUGCACGAAGCGGGUGGUAUGCACACUGAAAGCUUCAAAAACGAGCCUCUGGACUUUUCAAAGGGUAGAACUUUGUUGUCCAAGGGUGUCAUUGCAUCCAGUGGUCCUGCAGAGCUUCACGAAAAGGUAGUAAAGGCCGCAUCUGAUGUGAUGAACGAUAAAUAA